ACCCUACUGCACCACCAGGCCGUUUUCGUUCGUUGCAUUUCAUCUCUCUCUCUCUCUCUCUCAUGGUGAGGCGCUUGAUUCCUUCUCUAAACAGGAUUCUCGUCGAGAAAAUCGUCCCUCAAUCGAAAACCAAUGCAGGAAUUUUACUCCCUGAAAAAACGAACAAGUUGAAUUCUGGGAAAGUUGUUGCGGUGGGUCCUGGUGCUCGUGAUAGAGAUGGGAAUGUUAUUCCUGUUGCUAUGAAGGGAGGAGACACUGUUCUGUUACCUGAAUAUGGAGGGACUGAAGUGAAGCUGGGAGACAAAGAGCUUUUUUGUGGAAGUUGGAGAGGAAAGUAUUACAGGGACUCUUACGUCUACACUCGGCUCCUGCAAGAUUGCAGCAGUGAGAAAAGCCUCAAGAUAAUUCAUGCCCAGAUCAUCUCCAGCGGUUUCCAGCAGAACCCGUUUCUCGCUGCGAAGCUCGUUAGCCAUUAUGCUGAAUACGGGAACUCGGGCAUGGACGACGCACGCCAGGUUUUUGAGGGAGUGCGUGAAAGAGAUGUUCUUCUGUGGAAUGUUGUCAUCCGCGGUUAUGCGAAUUUAGGUCCUUUUGUGGAAGCUGUUGAGGUUUACAGGUGCAUGCGGCGGAGUGGGGUUUGUCCGACCCGGUACACAUUUCCUUUCUUGCUGAAGGCGUGCGGUGCGAUGGAAGAUGGGAGGAUGGGGAGGGAGAUCCAUGGCCAUGCUUUGACAGCGGGGCUGGAGUCUGAUUUGUUCGUGAGCAAUGCUCUCGUUGCGUUCUAUGCUAAGUGCGGUGAGAUCAGAAUGGCUAGGAAGUUGUUUGAUGGAAUUCCUGAGAAGGAUCUGGUCAGUUGGAAUUCCAUGAUAGCAGGAUACAGCCAGAAUGAAUGCCUGAGCGAGGCACUAUUGCUUUUCAAACAGAUGUUGGUGGUGGGUGGCACUACAAAAAUGCUUGAUCGUGUUACCCUGGUUACCAUUCUGCCCGUUUGUGCGCAAUUGGUGGCGAUCCAUGUGGGUAUGUGGAUUCAUUCUUACAUCAUAAAGUCCGAGAUCAAAAUAGAUGUUGUCUUGGGCAGCGGUCUAGUUGGAAUGUAUGCAAGGUGUGGCCGGUUGGAAACUGCCCGGGUCAUUUUCGAUAGAAUGCUUGAAAGAAAUGUAGUAGUAUGGAAUGCAAUGAUAUGGGGUUAUGGGAUGCAUGGCAAUGCAGAAUCAGCUCUAGAGAUGUUCACACGGAUGGUGGAAGCGGGUGUGCAGCCAGAUGAUAUCAGCUUCAUCUGUGUGCUAUCUGCUUGUAGCCAUGCGGGGUUGGUCGAAAAGGGCCUGGAAAUCUUUGAAAAGAUGGGGGAACAUGGCGUGGAGAGGAGUGGUGGCCAUUACGCUUGUGUGGUGGACCUCUUGGGCCGGGCCGGGCAACUCGAUGAGGCCGCCAGACUCAUUAAAAGAAUGCCCAUGAAGGCGGGAAAGGAUGUGUGGGGAGCAUUGCUUGGUGCUUGUCGUAUACAUAACAAUAUAGAUCUUGCAGAGGAGGCUGCUGAGAAGCUGUUUGUUCUUGAUCCUGAGAAUGCGGGGCGGUAUGUGCUCUUGGCUAACAUGUAUGAGGAAGCCGGGCGGUUGGGGGAUGCCGCUAGGGUGAGGAAGAUGAUGAAAGAGAGGAGAAUCAAGAAGCCACAUGGAUGUAGUGCAAUAGAGGUGGAUCAUGCGGUCCACACAUUUGGGGUGGAGGAUGAGUCACAUCAAUUGUCUCAGUCCAUAUAUGAUACAUUGGAGAUGUUGGAAAGGGUAAUGGGAGUCGAGUGAUGAAUGAGGCAUUGUUUCUAUCAAUGGGAAGGUUGGCAGAAUGAUAGUGGCCGUUAGCUUUGAUGGCCCAAUCUACUGUAGAUUGGUGCAUUAUGUAGGUUUUGAUUUAAUAACAUGGUAUCAAUUGGUGUGCCGAUUUUGGCAAUGCUGAGGUUAGCCGAAUUGGUUGGGUGCACAAGUUCAAUGUGGCCCACAGUGUUGGGCUUUAUGGAACCUGAUCAUCAGAGAUGUAAUGUUCAUCCAGCUAGCACUGUCACACGUCGACCUCUGCGCUAAGCUCGUUGGGGGCCACCUUGCUUGGGGUUUAUGCCACCUGCUUGAAUGGCAAUUCCGUAAUCUUAGUGUUUUACCGUAGUUCAUUUUGGGAUAAUAUAUAUUCUAGAGAAACAAAAAGUGAGAGAAAGAGAGUUGUAUUGUAUUGAUAAUUGCUUUUUUAUUUUUUAUUUUUACCUUUGAACAUAGUAGAUCAAUGUGAUUUCGUGGAUGUAUUGAAGGGGAACCACGUAAAUCAUUUUGUUGUGAAAAAAAAAGAG